CUUAAAAGGGGCAUAUUGAAUUUUGUUUGAUGUCAAUCCUGUUGACUUAUCACCUGGUCGUUAACAUGGCGAAGGUCACUCAGAGAUAUCUGAGCCGUAUUUUCUACGAGUAUGAAGUUCAAGCUGCCCAGUUUGCUUUCAGGCUUUCUGCCCUAGAUGCACGAUUUGAUAUAUCUCCGAGCUUUUGCGCUUGAUUUCUUGUAAUGUGCAAGAACGACUUUUGUGAAUUAUCAAGAACGAUGUCGAAUGACAGCUUGGCUUAUAGUUCGCAGGCGGAAGCCUCGCAAGCAGCACCCAAGGCGAAGCAUCUUCGUCUGCCCAAUGGAGUAUACGCUCCCACUCUCGCCUUCUUUACAUAUUCCGAGGACAUCGACACAAUAGUUCUCGAGCAUCAUGUCACCAGACUUAUCAAAGCAGGGGUAGCAGGCAUCGUUAUCCACAGUUCCAUCGGCGAAUCAGUGCACCUGACGAGGGAGGAACGCAGCAUCAUGAUUCGGUGCGUAGCCGAUACUAUCUACAGAGGGUAUUGCGACAGACUCAAGAAUCCCCGCGCUCCAUUGAUCGCCGCGUGCGGUGCUCAGUCGACGCGUGGAACACUUCAACUUUGUCGAGACGCAGCCGAGAGCGGCGCGUCUCACGCAUUGAUAACAGUUCCAAGCUACUACGCAUCUGUCAUAAGCAAUGAAAUGAUCAUACAGCACUUCUUCGACGUCACAGACAGAUCGCCUAUCCCACUGGUCAUCGACAACUUCCCCGCGGCGGCAUCGGGACUGCGACUCACUUUGGACGACAUCCUCCGUAUCGCGAAGCACCCUAACGUCGUGGGCGUCAAUUUCAAGUAUGACCACAUGAAGAAUCUCGCGCGAGAGGCGUAUGAACUGUUUCCCAAGGGCUUUUUUGUGGCCGGCGGCAACACCAACUCCAUCCGACAGUGCCAAGUCCUCGGGUGGAAUGGAACGAUCGCGGGGCUCGCCGACUUUGCAACGUAUGCGUGCGUGGGCGUCAGGGAGCUCUCUGGUCGAGGCAAGCUCCGUGAGGCGGAGGACCUGCAGGCAGUCAUUGCGAGAGGGAACUCGGUCGUCACUGGCCUAGGCCUCGUGGGUAUAAAGGCGGUGGUCAAAUUUUGGAACGACUAUGGAGGCACGCCGCGAAAGCCCUGCUACCUGCCGCCACUAAUUGAGGUCAUCAAAGUUUUAAAGGAGCUUAGUGAGCUGUUCCGGGCAGAGAAAGAAGCGGAAGCGUCAGUCGCGAGAUGUUGAUGGAUGUGGCCCUGCUUUAGUUACUCACGAGAGGCCGGAUAGUUGGGGCUCAAGAUUUCAACAUCGCUCUAUGAGAAUCGCUUAUAGACCACCGCACCGAGUCGAAAAUGACCACAUAGCCGGUGCCCGUCCGGCCAUCCCAACAUACACGUCCGGGACCAAGGCGAGGCACCGACAAGAGGGCCGAUAAGGAAGGCUGCCAUAAUGAGCAGGAGAAUGGGAUUCCGGCCGGAAUAGCUAGGCUUGUUCAGUGGCGGCGUCGCAGCUGCAAGGGCCGUGUCAG